AUGACUACCCUCCUUUUGAAGCCAACCCAUUUUGUAGAAGUUAGAAACAGUCUUGUCUAUCAACAGAUGGUAUUACUCUCUAUAAUCAACACAAAGUACUCCCUCACUUUGCAUCUCCCAAACAAGAAAGCUGUCGUUUAUGAGCAAUUGGUUGCUAUCAACAACUUAAGUAACAAAAGUGAGUCCGUCGAUGUCGAGGAAGUCAUCAAACAACGCUGCCAUUAUCGACUUUCUUCGGAGAAAACUAAUGGAGUUUCAGAGAAGACACUUCACAGAAGAAGACAGAACUACUCGAUCAUUGAGCGGAUGAAUUUUUUGGUCGACACUGUCAGAGAGAUGGGGUACUUCGUCGAGUGUGAACAAAACGGUGGGAAACGUGGAAUCCUUAAAGGUGAAGUAGUAAAGAAAAUAUACUGUGAAGGACGACUUCUGUUUGACGAAGCAGACAUUGAAGAGUUUGGAAAGAAAAUAUGUGAGUAUGUUUCUUCGUUAUCUCUCACCUAUGGAAGUCUUAAAAUCGAAGAGAAAGACAAGAACAUACAAAGUAUUUAUUACUGUGGAAUGUAA